UUAACAGCAGUCUGUUAUCAUUCUUACACGCGCGCGGUUCGGCUACUUCGUUUGGCGAAUUGCGGCUGCUUUCGUUAGAGCCUAAGCUUUAUAAAUUUAGAAUUUCAAUUAAAUAAUAGACACCGUGUAGCAAUAGAAAAAAAGCCGCCGCCACCAUCACGAGUGCCGUAGAGUGACGUCGCUGCCAAAGUCAAUGCCAGAGUCGAGUGCAAAGUGCGAAACAAAAUAAUCGGCAAAGCCGCAGCUCGAGCUUAAUUUAAUAUUUAUAAUACAAAAGAUAAAAAUACAUAUAACGCAGUUAAUAUCAAUAGCUAAAGCAUAUUUAAUAAUCCUAUCUCUCUCUUCUGUGCGAAACAUGUGCCGCGUCUAGUUUCUUAGUGAAAACAGCAAACACCCAAAGUGAAAAAAAAAAAACAAAAAAAGUUAAAACCGCCCUCGUCAUUGCAGCAGCGCCUCGUUUCCUGCUCUCGUGAAUCAUAGUGAAUUGUUUAGUUGUUGUUGUUGCUGUGAUCUCGCGUGGCAAGUUCCAAGUUUGGCACUAGCACCAGUUCCAGCUCCAGCUUCAGCUCCAACUGCAACUCCAGCUCGAGCCGUCCCAGCAUGUCCAGGCACGGCCUCAUCUUACUGGGCAACAUUAGUCAGCUCCUGUUGAGUCGUUCCAAUGUGCGCCCGUUCGAGCGCUGCGGCCGGCGUAUGAGGCCGGUGACUGCGACUUUUGCAACACUGCGCGUUUGGCCCGGCGUCGAACAACAACAGCACAGAAAUUUUGCGACGUCAACAACUUCGGCGGAUGACGGCGAUGAGAACUGGCGGAAAAAGCACGACAAGCACAAACAGCAAUCCCUGGCCACCGCCGAAGAUUUUGGUCGCCUCAAUUUAAGGGAAUUGAAGGAGCUGCUGCGAGCGCGCGGCGAGAGCGUGACGGGCAAAAAGCAGGCCCUAAUUGAACGCUUAGUGAGUACAACAACAACGCCAGCACCGGAAGAUGCAACAACAACAGCAACAACAACAACAGCAGCAACAACAACAAACUCCAAUUUGUCGCCCGUUGGCUCCAGGGAGCUACAGUCCACCAGUCCGCCACAGUCGCUCGUAAAUAACACUGCCAGCAGCACGCCUUCAACUUCCUCGCCCACCGCUGCUCCUGCUCGCACGCCUGGUGGCAGCAUUUCGACUGUGGCGCCACACAAUGAUGACGUCUUAUUGGAGUAUGUGAAUGGCAUGCCACAAUUGACAGUUCGCCUGCCCAGUCGCAAUGAGCUCUGCCAGUUCGCCUUGAAGCCCAUCUCGCACACGGUCGGGCAUCUGCUGGCCAUGCUGAGGGAGGAGGAUCGGGGCAUAGAUCGUGCUGCAAUUAUCAAUAAGCACGGCGUACGCAUUGCUUCCUCCUGCACCAUCGAGCGCUUGCUGGACGAUGAGUUUAGCAUACAAAUCAAUAAUCGUAAUUUGGAUGUCAAGCCGCCGGAACGUGAAAAGAUCACGAUAGAGAAGAUUGACAAAAUGGACGAAGUGCGCAAGAUCAUAGCGCAGCUUUAUGAGGCCUUCAAUGUGGGCGAGUAUCAGCUGGAGAAGAGCAAUCAACUGGCCAAGGAACUGGAAACUCUGCGCUACGAACUGGAGCCACUCGAGGAGAAAAAAAUGGAGCUGGUCAAAAAGGCCGAGCGACGCACCAACAUGAUGACCUGGGUGGGUCUUGGCCUGAUGUCCGUGCAGUUCGGCAUACUCGCGCGAUUAACUUGGUGGGAAUACUCUUGGGAUAUUAUGGAGCCGGUCACCUAUUUUGUUACCUACGGCACGACAAUGGCCAUGUACGCCUACUAUUGUGUAACGAAGCGCGAAUAUAUUAUGGAGAAUGUGUACAACCGCGAGUACUCGUUAAACAUGUACAGGAACGCGAAGAAAGCGCAGUUUGACAUCGAGCACUACAAUCGGCUGAAGCGCAAGAGCGCGGAAUUGGAGUACAAUCUGAGUCGCAUUAACGAUCCCAUCAAUAUGAAGCUGCCAGCUCAUUUGGUGCGCACCCAGCUGGACGCACCGCCCAUCGAGGAGAGCAAUGGAUUGGAAAAGAGCAAAGAGAAGAGUACUUAAGAACCGUGAGGUUCGGCUCCACCACCCUCGUGCUACCCACAGACGUCUGCGACAAGAGAGUUGCGAGAAAAAGUGAAUGGAUUUGACAGCGAUAGCCUGGGGAGAGAAACGAAAGCUGACGUAGCCAACUAUGCAAACUGAAACUCAAACUUACAUUUAAAAUCAUGCGCACGCUUUUAGCCAAACAGCUCAGUCAUUUAGUCAACGUUUUUGUUUAGUGAUCGAAAUUAUAGUCAACUCUAUAUACAUAUAUUUAUAUAAACUCUACUAUAAUUUUAAAUGUUUUGCUCUUGUAUGCUUCUGUUGAACGUCAAGUCCUUUUCUGUUAACUGAAUGUUUAGUUAGUUAUGCUUAAUUUGUAGCCUAAGCCAAAGUUCGAAUGGGCCAACAAAUGCGCACAAAACAAUUUCACAAAUGACGUCAUCUGCUUAAGGUGUUUGUUUACUUUUUGUUUAGUUAUUUAUUUAGUAAAAA